UAGAUGGCGAUGAUAGCGAAAUUAUCGAUAUAGGAUAUUGUUACAUAACAGAAAGUUUUAGAAAGUAGCCUUCGGCUUAUUUCGAAGUGUAAUUAUUCUUUUAAAUAGAAUUGAUUUAUUAUAUACGCAUUAAGUAUUUUCUUAGAAUUAUGGAUAAUGAAAUACCAAAAUAUCGUAAUUUCAUGGAACCUAUAUUUAAAACUCCACUCACCAAAAUCUUUGGAAUUUCAAUUCAUAGUCAAUAUUAUUCAACUUGUAAAAAUUUUGAAUUGCGCUUAGCUGAAUGUGUGGAAGCAUAUGGAUUUUAUAAAGGACAAGAGAAAUGUAAGGCGCUAAUUCUUGAUCUUGAUGAAUGUUUAUAUAAAGAGAAACGAAUGCACAGACAAGAAAUAAUAAACGGAGAAUUUCAGCGUCAGAUAAAUGCUGGAGAAAGAAAAUAUGAGAAAGCUCCAUUUAUUCCUUUCUUUUAGAAUUCAUAUAAUUAAUAUAUAUAUAUAUAUAUAUAUAUAUAUAGUAUAAUUAGUA